UGCCCUCUUUCAAAGAGCAGACAUUGCAACAGUUUCUUGCUCGUGCUAUAGUGCUUCCAGAAAUGAACGGAUCUUUUGCAAUAUGAGAUUGAGCGAUUGCUUGCUCCUGUGUAAACGCCUCUCCACUCCUUUUGAAUGCACAGUAUACAGGUAACCAAUAAAACAAAAAAGCGAAAGCUAAAGCGACAAAAAGCAAAAGCCUCAAGGGGAAUAGCCGAAGAAGGCACCGUGAAGAAAAGAAAAAGGCGGGAAGCGAACCGCCGGUCUGUCUCCCGAGGUCGCCUUCUUCUAGCGGAGCAUGGCGCAGCAGCAGCAGCCUGACGCGCCGCCACUUGGUUUCUUCGAGCGGAUAUCCACCUGUGACGUGUCCUUAAGGAAGCGGCAGCAGCGCGACAGCGCCGCCAUGGCCUCCUCCGACCCUGCGCUGCCGCCUCCGCUUCUUUUGCUGCCACCACCGGUGCCGGAGCAGGCGCUCGUCCCACCGCCGGCCAGAGCCAACCCGAGGCCCACGGUGUUGGACGGCGUCCUGAGUCUGCUCAGGUCCGGGGAGUCGUUCAUUCACGGAGCCUUCCGGGGCAACUCCCGACGUGCGUCUCCUCCAGGGCCGCCGACGUCUCAGCAGCAGCAGCAGCCGCCGCAACAGCAGCACCACCGCAACCACCCUGGUGAAAUCAUGAAGCGGCUGCAGCGCGAGACGUUCCCUGAUGUGAUGAGGCUCAUGGACAAGCACGAGCAGAUCGACCGCAUCCUUUCCAUGUACAGGAGCGGCAAGGGGUUCCACUUCCCGGAGCUCCCGGUCCGGGUGAAGGUCGCGCUUGACGCGGUCGGGGCGCUGCUCCUCGUCGACGACGACGAGUUCGACCACGCCAGGGAGAUCCUCGGCGAGGCGGGGAACAGGACAGGCCUCAACUCCAGGUUCGUCCUCGAGUCCAAGACCAGGGGCAGCGACACCAUUGCAGCAGAGUUCUCCACCAGGCUCGGGAUAGGGGCGAGCGUUGGGGAAGAAGACACCGAGAGGAGGCCUCUGGAGCUGACCAGGUUGCAGUACUGCGCCCACGUCAACCACUGGCUGUCCAUGAUCCUCGUUCCGUUCGGAGCUCAAUGCAACGGCUUCCUGCACGGCACGAGCUUGAUCCAGAAUCUCCGGGGCCAGGGCUCUCUCGACGGUCCGCCUUCGUUCUCGGAACAACACAACUGCGCCGCUGGUUUGAGUAUGAAGGGGUCCAACUUCACCGUGUCGCUCGCCGAGCUCGUCUUCGGUUCAGGAGCACAGGACGGCGAUCAUGGGGUGGAUAACCGCAUGACAACAUUUGGGCAGGUGCGCUACGAACCAGCCCAAGAUGUCAAGCUCAGCUUGUCGGGGCUGUGGCAGAUCCGCCCGUUGUUGUCCCGGUUCAACAACCUCGGGACGCUUGCCAUUCCCUUUGGCAGCCUAAAACCACAAAGGGGCACUCCUCCGGAGAUUCCUGCUCCCAUGGCUCCCAUGGCGAGGAACGACCCUGCGGCACACGGACCGCAUCCCAGGCCUGCACAGCCAAUCACUGCUGCCAUGGUGGAGUGUGAGCUGUUUGAAGCCAUGAGAGCACAAGGCUGGGUUGAGAUGGAAGGGUGGUCCGGACGUGGGCCGGUGCGAUGGGGCUGCUGCCUGUCCGACACCCCUGAGCAUGAGCUGGGAUGGGGAGUGAGGAUGGGCGGCACGGCGGAGGGGGAUACCCACCGCCCGCACCUGGAAGGGUUCCUCAGCUUCAACCUCGGCAGGGGCGGCAAGCUGCAGCCCGGCCUGGUGUAUGUCAUGGAGGGGGAGAAGCGGACUCCGGCGUUGGUCCUGCGGUCGACCUGGUUCAUGUGAUGAUCACCUGCAGCUUCUUCACAAUGCAUGGUUUAUGUUCUCUCUUCUCCCCUGCAACUGCAGCUAUUCUUGUUUGACUGCUCAGCAGCUGACUGGAAAUCUUGCUAGUUCGUGGCACAGAAAUGUUUGAGCUGUGAAAUUGCUCCUAUGGAAUUGCGUAGCACAAUGGAAUUAGAAAGCUCAAUGCCAUAAACCACCCAAAAAAAAAUCAGAAUGGAAA